GCCAGAGGUUAUGAAACUUUGCGGUUAACAGGAAGGAGCCUACCCUACAACGCCCAGAGUAGACAGAACAACAAAACAACUUACAUGCGCGUCCAUCACAAUUACAAGCGCAUGGCCAAUGAUGCAAAUUGAGUGGUGACGUCAUUUAGCGACUUCUAGUGACUUUUAGGACAGCCAAUAGCUACUUUACUUACUGAGGAGUUGGCAACACUGAGGAAGUAUCCUCCUCUACAACGCCCAGAACAUGAAACAGACCAAAGAAAGUAGGAGGAAGAAAGCACCAUUGUAGACGGCACAACAAGACAACUUACAUGCGGGGGAGGAGACUGACUGUCUGAUAUCAUGGAUCAGACUCCUCAGUCCCUCGUUCCAGCCCAGGACUCUGGUCCGCUGUCCUCCAUUACGGCUCAGCCUGCCCCACCACAGUCCUCCAUUACGGCUCAGCCUGCCCCACCACAGUCCUCCAUUACAGCUCAGGGUGGUUCUGUUGUUGUUGCACCCCAACUUGUUGGCUGCAAUCUCGGAGGUUCAGUUUAUCAAAACAUCAGUGUUACUAUGCCUUCACAUGGUGCUGAUGAAGAUCUGCAAAAAGUCAAGGGCAAACACAAGUCCAACAUGAAGAAGAAGUUUGGGAGCAUCUUUGAGGGGCUUGGAAAACGGGGAAACCCAACAUUGCUGGACAAUAUUUACACCGAGCUCUACAUCACAACUGGGGAGAGUGAAGGGGUUAAUAAAGAGCAUGAGGUAUGGCAGAUUGAAGAUACGGCUCGGACCAAAGCAUUUCAAGACCAUGCAAUCAACUGCAAUGACAUCUUUAAAUCUUUAGACCCUAAGACAGAGGAACAUAAUGACAAAUCCCAAUCCAAACAAGCGGUACCCGUCAGAACUGUGCUGACAAAGGGAAUCGCUGGCAUUGGAAAAACGGUCUCAGUGCAGAAGUUCAUCCUUGACUGGGCAGAAGGAAUAGCCAAUCGGGAUGUAGAUUUUGUCUUCGCACUUCCAUUCAGGGACUUGAAUUUCAUCAAAGAUGACUACAAUCUCUUGGAGCUCCUGAGUGACUUCCACCCUGAACUAACAGAUAUCAAGGAUGCAAAGAAGGUGGUCGACUGCAAAGUCGUGUUCAUCUUGGAUGGUCUGGAUGAAAGCCAACUUCCACUGGAUUUCCAUAACAACAAGAGGUUGUCUAAUGUAACCAAGACAACAUCAGUGGACGUGCUGCUGACAAACCUCAUCAAGGGGAAUCUGCUUCCUUCUGCUCUCCUCUGGAUAACCUCCCGACCAGCAGCAGUUGAUAAGAUACCCUCCGACUGUUUUGACCGUGUAACAGAAGUUCGGGGAUUCAACGACCCACUGAAAGAAGAAUACUUCAAGAAGAGAUUCAGUGAUGAUGAGAACCUGUCCAGCAAAAUCAUCUCACACAUAAAGACAUCGAGGAGUCUCUUCAUCAUGUGCCACAUUCCGGUCUUCUGUUGGAUUACUGCCAUGGUUCUUGGGAACAUGUUGAGAGGAUCCUGUUCUGAAGAAGUCCCUAAAACUCUGACUGAGAUGUACAUUUGUUUCCUACUCACUCUGACAAACCUGGAGAACAAGAAGCAUGGGAAAAAUGAAACAGACCUUCGGAAACUGUCAGAGUCUGACGUACAGAUCAUUUUGAAACUUGGAAAACUAGCCUCCCAUAACCUGUUAAAGAGCAAUCUGGUGUUUUCUGAAGAAGAUUUGAGAGAGUGUGAUAUUGAUAUCAAUGAAGCCUUUUUGGGCUCAGGGAUGUGCACAGAGAUCUUCAGAGAGGAGGACCCAAUGUUUAGAGUGAAGUUGUAUAGCUUUGUGCAUCUCAGCAUUCAGGAGUUCUUCGCAGCACUCUAUGUUUCCCAUUGUCAUGCCAAUGGUUUGCCAUGUAUUUCACCAUGGGUUUCACUAUAUUUCGGAAAGCUGGAUACAUUGCAUGACUUACACAGGUGUGCAGUGGAUAAAGCGUUCCACAACAAGAACGGCCACCUGGACCUCUUCCUCCGCUUCCUUCUGGGCAUCUCACUGGAGUCCAAUCAGAUCCUCUUGAAAUGCCUACAGCUCCAGACAGAGGGAGACAAAGAGAGUAUCCAGAAUACCAUCCAAUACAUCAAGGUCAAGUUAUCGACUGAAUGGUUUGUUUCCUCAGAGAGGUGUAUCAAUCUCCUCUACUGUUUGAUUGAGCUGAAGGACAACUCCCUGGUGAAUGAAAUUCUAAAGUUCCUGACCUCCCAAAGUCUCUCCAAGAUUGAGCUGACACCUGCUCAGUGCUCGGCGCUGGCGUACAUGCUGUUGAUGUCAGAGGAGGUGCUGGAUGAAUUUGACACGAGAAAAUACAACACGUCAAGUCAGGGCCGUAGCAGACUCCUCCCAAUAGUUAGAUACUGCAGGAAGGCUAUGCUAGUGGCCUGCUAUUUCACAGACGACUGCGCUGAAAUUUUGGCAUCAGCUAUCCAAAUGCCUGGCUCACACCUGAGAGAACUCAGCAUAAUCUACAGCCAGCUGGAGAACCAGAAGCCCUUCAUAGACGCGCUGGCAAGUCCCAACAACAGACUAGAGUCACUAGACAUCAGUCAUAUCCAAGGGUUUUCAACAACUGAGCUGGAGGUGCUAACUGCUGCACUGAAUCAAUCUUACAGUCAGCUGCACACACUAAGGUUUCCUGGGUGUUGGCUCGACGAGAGCUGCGGUGAAAUUGUGGCUUCAGCUCUGGCGUCAGAGAACAGCCAUCUGAGAGAGCUGGACCUCAGCGACAACAAACUGACAGACACCGGGGUGGAGGGGAUCUCCACUGGGCUUAUGAGUCCACACUGUGAACUGAAGAUACUGAGACUUGUCCGUUGUGAGGUCACUUCCUGUGGAAGUUUGUCCCCUGCUCUAGCAGCCUCCCAGUUGGAGGAACUGCAUCUGAGCUGCAACACCCUGGGCGACAUGGGACUGAAGCUGCUCUCUGCUGGACUGGAGGAUCCACACUGUCAGAUACAGAAACAGGGACUGAGGCAGUGUAAUCUAUCAGAGUUAUCCUGUGAGUCCCUGUCCUCUGUCCUGUGUUCAAACUCAACCCUGAUAGAGCUGGACCUGAGAGACAACGACUUGGGGGAUUCAGGAGUGGAGCGACUCUCUGCUGCACUGGGGGACCCUCGCUGUGCCUUGCAGGUUUUGGGGCUGUCUGGUUGUCUGGUCACAGAGGAAGGCUGUGCUUCUCUGGAUUCAGCUCUGAGGUCAAACCCCUCCCACCUGAGAGAACUGGACCUGAGCUACAAUCACCCAGGAGACUCUGGAGUGAAGCUGCUCUCUGCUAGACUGGAGGAUCCACACUGUAGACUGGAUAAACUCAAUGUGGACUUGUGUGGAGAGUGCAGGAUCAAACCAGGCCUGAGGAAAUAUUCCAGUGAGCUCACCCUGGACCCAGAUUCUGCACACAUUGACCUGAGGCUGUCUGAGGAUAGGAGGACAGUGUUGUGGAGAGAGGACAAUGCUAACAGUCAAAGUAGUGCUAGCAUAGGAAACGAAGCUAACAAUGCUAACAGUGGGGAUGGUGCUAGCAUAGGAAACGAAGCUAACAAUGCUAACAGUGGGGACGGUGUUAGCAUAGGAAACGAAGCUACCAGAGGGGAAGAAUCAAAUAAAUGGAUUGAUCCAUCAAUUUGUACAAGAUCCCUGUCUGUGCAUUGUACCAAGGGUUUAUCUACUGGACGUUUCUACUGGCAGGUGGAGGCCACAGGAUGGUUUGAUAUUGGGGUUAUUAUCAACGAAAACAAUAGUAUCUACAAUAUGUAUGACCUCGUGGUAAUAUGUAUGACCUUUAUGGUAUAAUGAUGUCAUGCCAUAGUGUUGUGAGGACAGAGGAAGAGUUAAGAAAUGAGAGGUUUGGGGCCAUAAAGUCUUCAUUCCAUUAUGUCAAGGUAGAUUAGUGAUGUUUAGGAUAGCAUGAGUGAUGUUUAGUAUACUGACUUGGGGUAAAAAGUGAUGAACAUCAAAGACAGGGAGUGCCCAUGGAGACUUGCCAAAUGUAUGUGAAAGGAAUGAGAACCAAAAGGCUAUAUAAGAUAUAGGGUCUUCUUUGUCUAGUUAGUUCAACUGACGAAGGGCAAAGCCAUGUCCGUUUGUUAGAUGAACCCACAAGCUCGUGAUUCUAUAAAUGCUUGGUAUGAAAUCUCCACAGAAUGUCUAAGAAUAUCCUUGCAUCCUUGAUUCUUUGAUACCUGAGAAACUCAUCAUA